AUGCACUGGGGGGUUGGCUUUGCUUCGUCCAGGCCGUGCGUGGUGGACCUGAGCUGGAACCAGAGCAUCUCCUUCUCCGGCUGGUGGGCCGGGUCCGAGGAGCCCUUUUCCUUUUAUGGGGACAUCAUCGCUUUCCCUUUGCAGGAUUACGGUGGGAUCAUGGCAGGGCUGGGCUCGGAUCCCUGGUGGAAGAAAACCCUUUAUUUGACUGGGGGAGCUUUGCUGGCUGCGGCUGCGUAUCUGCUCCACGAACUCCUGGUCAUUAGGAAACAGCAAGAGCUUGACUCCAAAGAUGCUAUUAUUUUGCAUCAGUUUGCAAGACCUAACAAUGGCGUCCCCAGCUUGUCUCCUUUCUGUUUGAAAAUGGAAACUUACUUAAGAAUGGCCGACCUACCCUAUCAGAACUAUUUUGGUGGAAAACUCUCUGCUCAAGGGAAAAUGCCUUGGAUUGAAUAUAAUAAUGAAAAAGUGUCUGGCACAGAAUUCAUAAUCGACUUUCUGGAAGAGAAACUUGGAGUGAACUUAAAUAAAAAUCUUGGCCCCCAUGAAAGAGCUGUCUCAAGAGCUGUGACCAAGAUGGUGGAAGAGCACUUCUACUGGACGUUAGCUUAUUGCCAGUGGGUGGACAAUCUCAAUGAGACCCGGAAGAUGCUGUCACUUAGUGGUGGUGGUCCCUUCAGUAACCUGCUCAGGUGGGUCGUGUGCCACAUAACAAAAGGAAUUGUGAAGCGGGAGAUGCACGGCCACGGCAUUGGCCGCUUCUCGGAGGAAGAGAUUUACAUGCUGAUGGAGAAGGACAUGCGGUCUUUAGCGGGGCUUUUGGGUGACAAGAAGUACAUCAUGGGGCCCAAGCUUUCCACUCUUGAUGCUACUGUCUUUGGACACUUGGCACAGGCGAUGUGGACCUUACCAGGGACAAGACCGGAGCGGCUAAUCAAAGGUGAGCUGAUCAACCUUGCCAUGUACUGCGAGAGGAUAAGGAGGAAGUUCUGGCCCGAGUGGCAGCAUGACGACGACAACACCAUCUAUGAGUCUGAGGAGAGCAGCGAGGGUAGCAAGACUCACACACCCAUGCUGGAUUUCAGCUUUUACUCAAGGACAGACACCUUUGAAGAUGAGGGGGCUGAGAACAGUUUUUCCAGGACCCCAGACACGGAUUUCACCGGACACUCUCUCUUUGACUCUGACGUGGACAUGGAUGACUACACAGAACACGAACAGUGCAAAUGA